AGCAGCAGCUUCCCUCUGCUUCUGCUGCUGCUGCCGGCUACAGGAACCGACAGACAGACAGGCAGACAGACAGACAGGCGGUCAGACAGACAGGUCAGACAGGUCUCCGGUGUUUGUAACGGGACUCUGUCUUUGUGUUAAAUAGAGAAUCAGCGGUGACUGAUGGAUCCACCGGCUGAAACAUAAACGGAGACAAAGACAGAAGAGGACAGACAGGCAGACAGACAGACAGACAGGCAGACAGACAGGCGCUAUGACCGGCAGGCACGAGCUCAGCCCAGCGCUGAGGUGAGGCAGCUUGUGAUUGGUGGUUGCCAUGGCACCCAGGCCAUCGUCAGGGGAGCUGUGGGGGCUCCACCUGAUGCCCCCCCGCAUCCAGGUGGACUGCUGCCUACCCAACGGGAUGAUGGUGAGUCUGGAGUGUCUCAGAGAAACUCCUCUCAUCAGCAUCAAGCAGCAGCUCUUCACCGAGGCCAGGAAGUACCCGCUGUACCACCUGCUGCAGGAGGAGUCCUGCUACAUCUUUGUGGGCGUGACCCAGGAGGCGGAGAGGGAGGAGUUUUACGAUGAGAUGAGGCGGCUGUGCGACCUCCGACUGUUUCACCCAAUCCUGAAGGUCAUCGAGCCGCUGGGCAACCGGGAGGAGAAGAUCCUGAACCGAGAGAUAGGAUUUGCCAUCGGGAUGCCGGUCUGUGAGUUUGAGAUGAUGAAGGACCCAGAAGUUCAGGACUUCCGCCGCUCCAUACUGAGCGUGUGCAGAGAGGCCAUGGAGCGAGGGUGGGGAGGGCCCCACAGCCAGGCGCUCUACGUUUACCCCCCCAACGUGGAAUCCAGCCCCCAACUCCCACAGCACAUCUACAGCAAGCUGGACAAAGGGAGGUUGAUCGUGACCAUCUGGGUGAUCGUGUCUCCGUCAAACUCCAAACAGAAAUACACCCUGAAGGUGAGUCAUGACAGUUUACCUGAGCAGCUGAUAGCAGAGUCCAUCAGGAAGAAAAGCCGAUCAAUGCACCUCUCUCCUCAACAGCUCCGCCUCUGUGUCCAGGAGUACCAGGGACAGUACAUCCUGAAGGUGUGUGGCUGUGAUGAGUACCUGUUGGAGAAGUAUCCUCUCAGUCAGUACAAGUAUAUCCGCUCCUGUAUCAUAGUGGGUCGUCUUCCUCACCUGAUGCUGGUCUCCAAAGACAGUCUCUACUCUCAGCUACCUGCCUCUGGCUUUGUCACGCCUUCAUACAGUCGUCGGACUCCUCAGCCGUCUCCCUGUCCAGGAGGAAGUGACGGUUCUCCUCCUCGCUCUCUGUGGGCCUUCAACACGCUGCUGAGGGUCCGACUGCUCUGUGCCACCUACGUCAACGUCAACAUCAGAGACAUCGACAAGAUCUAUGUGAGGACGGGUAUCUAUCAUGGUGGAGAGCCACUCUGUGACAACGUCAACACUCAGAGAGUCCCCUGCUCCAACCCCAGGUGGAACGAGUGGCUGACCUAUGACAUCUACCUGGCUGACCUCCCUCGCUCAGCCAGACUCUGCCUGUCUAUCUGCUCUGUGAAGGGAAGGAAAGGAGCCAAGGAGGAGCACUGUCCGCUGGCCUGGGGGAACGUUAACCUGUUUGACUACACGGACAUUCUGGUUUCGGGUAAAGUGGCUCUCAGUCUUUGGCCAGUCCCUCACGGCCUCGAGGACCUCCUGAAUCCCAUCGGAGUCGCUGGUUCAAAUCCCAACAAGGAGACUCCCUGUGUGGAGCUGGAGUUCUCCUGGUUUAAUCAGACUGUCGUGUUUCCUGAUGAGCAACAGAUAGAAGAGCACGCUAACUGGACCAUCAGCAGGGAGCUGGGCUACAACUACUGCCAUGGACUGAGCAGUCGUCUGGCCUGUGACAGCAGUGUUUCAGCAGGUGAUGCAGAGCAGCUUCGUUCUCUCUGCUCCAGAGAUCCUCUCUACGAGCUCUCAGAGCAGGAGAAGGACUUCCUCUGGAGACACAGACAUUACUGUGUAAACAUCCCAGAGUCUCUUCCUAAGCUGCUUUUGUCCGUCAAAUGGAACUCCAGAGACGAAGUGUCCCAGAUGUACUGUUUGUUGAAGGAGUGGCCUCUGAUGGAGCCUGAGUCGGCUCUGGAGUUGUUGGACUGUAACUUUCCUGAUCCGAUGGUCAGAGAGUUCGCUCUGCGCUGCCUGGUGCAAGGCCUGACAGACGACAAGCUGUCGCAGUACCUGCUGCAGCUCGUACAGGUGUUAAAGUAUGAGAUGUACCUGGACAAUCCUCUGGCUCGUUUCCUGAUUAAGAAAGCUCUGACCAAUCAGAGGAUAGGACACUUCUUCUUCUGGCAUCUCAAGUCUGAGAUGCACAAUAAGACGGUGUCCCGCCGGUUCGGUCUGCUGCUGGAGGCUUUCUGCAGAGCCUGUGGCAUGUACCUGAAACACCUGAACAGACAGGUGGAGGCCAUGGAUAAACUGGUGAAUCUGACCGACACACUGAAACAAGAGAAGAAGGACGAAACACAGAAAACUCAGAUGAAGUUCCUGGUUGAACACAUGUCUCGUCCAGAUUACAUGGAGGCUCUUCAGGGAUUCGUCUCUCCUCUGAACCCUGUUCACCAGCUGGGAAACCUCAGGCUGGAGGAGUGCAGGAUCAUGUCGUCGGCGAAGCGCCCCCUGUGGUUGAACUGGGAGAACCCUGACAUCAUGGCUGAGCUGCUCUUCACCAACAACGAGAUCAUCUUCAAGAACGGAGACGACCUGCGUCAGGACAUGCUGACUCUGCAGAUCAUUAAGAUCAUGGAGAACAUCUGGCAGAACCAGGACCUGGACCUGCGCAUGCUGCCGUAUGGCUGCCUGUCCAUCGGAGACUGUGUGGGUCUGAUCGAGGUGGUGAAGAACAGUUUCACCAUCAUGCAGAUUCAGUGUAAAGGAGGCCUGAAGGGGGCGCUGCAGUUCAACUCCAACACACUGCACCACUGGAUCAAAGACAAGAACAGAGGAGAGGCGUAUGACCGGGCCAUCGACCUGUUCACCAGGUCGUGUGCAGGUUACUGCGUAGCGACGUUCAUCCUGGGAAUCGGAGACCGACACAACUCCAACAUCAUGGUGAAGGAGAACGGACAGCUGUUCCACAUCGACUUUGGUCACUUCCUGGAUCACAAGAAGAAGAAGUUUGGGUACAAGAGAGAGCGAGUUCCCUUCGUUCUGACUCAGGACUUCCUCAUCGUCAUCAGUAAAGGAGUCCAGGAGUCGACCAAGACCAAGGAGUUCGAGAGGUUCCAGGAGAUGUGUUAUAAAGCCUACCUGGCCAUCCGUCAGCACGCCAGCCUCUUCAUCAACCUGUUUUCCCUCCUGCUCGGCUGCGGCAUGCCCGAACUGCAGAGCUUCGACGACAUCGCCUACCUGAGGAAAACCCUGGCUCUGGAGAAGAGCCAGCAGGAGGCGUUGGAGUAUUUCACCAAACAGAUGAACGACGCUCAUCACGGAGGCUGGAGCACCAAGAUGGACUGGAUCUUCCACACCAUCAGACACAUGCCCAACGAACACUGAUGUAGCACACACACACACACACACACACACACACACACACACACCAUCAGACACAUGCCCAACGAACACUGAUGUAGCACACACA